UUUACUCACCUAUCACCACUUGCAGGCAUCACGCGAUCCUUGAGAAAGCUGCAUCUGUUGCUUCAGGAAGACUUAAAUACAGCUCAUCCAGCGUAGCUCAUCAUCAGAUCUGAUCAGUGCUCAACUAGAUCAUCUCUCUGAAGACCUACAGAAGCUUUCUUCCAGAUCAACACCCUUGAAUCCUGACGAACCUCUCUCUUCGAGAUCAUCUCUCAUCUGAAGCGAAGAACCUGUCAAAAUGCAAGCCUUCAUAGCUCUAAUUCUGGUGGCUGCUACCACUGCCAGCAUUGCCCCACUGUACAAGAACACCGAACCCAUCCCAGGAAAGUACAUCAUUAAGCUGCGUGAUGACUUUGACAUUGACGAAGUUGCGUCUACCGUUCGUCUUUCCGGUGGAAAGGUGGGCUUCCUUUUCAGACACGUCCUUCAUGGAUUCGCUGCUGAGCUUAAAGACGACAUCCUCGAUAUUGUCCGUAGAAUUCCCGCCGUUGAAUAUGUUGAACAGGAUGGCGUCUACCGUACACAAGUGACAUGGGGCCUGGACCGUUGUGACCAAAGGAAUCUCCCUCUUGACAAUAAAUAUGAUCCAAAGGGAGACGCCGGAAACGGUAUAACUGCUUACAUAAUCGACACUGGUAUAAAAAGUUCACACAGUGACUUCGGCGGACGUGUAAAAGAAGUACACAACUUACUUAAUGAUCGAAAAGAAGAUUGUAACGGUCAUGGAACUCACUGUGCCGGAACAGUUGGCUCCAAUACCUAUGGUGUCGCGCCUGGUGUGCAGCUGGUGGGUGUCAAGGUCUUGGACUGCUACGGAGCUGGAAGCACCUCGACUGUAAUCGCAGGUGUUGAUUUGGUUGCAGAGAAGGCCACUUCCGGAAAGUCUGUUGCUUCAAUGUCUCUCGGAGGAGGUGCCUCAAGAACUAUGGACAACGCUGUCGAAGACCUGAUCAGCAAGAACGUUCCAACUGCCGUGGCUGCCGGGAAUGACAACAAAGAUGCUAGCAACUACUCCCCUGCUCGCGUGGAGUCUGCAUACACAGUAGGAGCAACAGACAGCAGCGAUAGGCGUUCCUCGUUUUCGAACUACGGUGCAAAGGUCGACCUUUUUGCUCCGGGAACAAGCAUCACAUCCACCUGGAUUAACAAUAAUUGGGAUACCAAGACCAUCAGUGGAACGUCCAUGGCAACCCCACAUGUUGCUGGGGCUAUUGCUAUCAAUCAAUGCGACUGUGCUCAAAUGAUGAGUGAUUGCAGCAAUUUUAAGAUCGAUGAUUGCCAAGGUGCUCCCAACAAACUGCUUUACGUCGGAAAAUAAGGUUACAGAUCUGCAACCUAAUCAACCUCGUGCAACUCUGGGACAGUUGUACGAAUUAAAAAAAAAUGAUAAUGGGUUCGAUUAAAUUUUCAAACGAUUAAUGAAAAUCAGCUAAAUCCCGAACAGCAGUAUACUCUUGGUGGCAUUUUAUCCGUGUUAUAUCAAGGAAGGAAAUGAAAUGCAUAUGAGCAAUAUCUUCCAGAAUGUAACAAAUAAAAUUGUCAAGCUUGCCGGUUAAAAAGUUAAAUUAUCAAUAAAGAAAAAUCCAUUGAAAUUGACCUCAUUGGUUUAAAAACGAGGUUGCAGUAUGACUAAAGGUGCAUUUACAGUUUGGAACAUAUUAAUACUUAGGGAAAAAUAAAAUAACAUUGUAAACCAAUAGGAACCAAUAAAGCCAUUGGUGAUUGAAUAAAAAAACAUCGAAAACAAAAAUGUGAUGUUUUAAUGAAAUAUUUCUAUCAUUUGGAAAAAACCCAACUCACCUCCGAUCGCUUGGUAGUCCUUCAUGCCUACCACGCUUCUUGAACAUCAAUAUAAGCUUGAUGUAGUCUACAUAUCCCACGUGAUAUAACAAUAAUAUAAUGUGGAAUGUGCAAUUAUUCAGGCAAUAAAUAAUCGAUCAAACUUCAUCAAACCC